GCCCUUUGGUGAACGAAUGAUUUGAGUGCUGGCGCCAUCUGUUGGUGGAAAGAAUCAGAUGCAACAUGACUAGUCUACUUUAGGGUGACUCGCACAAGUUAGCCUGAAGCCCAACAAAAAAAGGGCUCGUUUCAAAAUGAGCUAAGAAGAAGGAGCUGCAGAGAAGAAGAACGAGAAGAAUGUGUACACGGGACUAAAGAGAGCAUUUUCUAGGCUUUUCCAGUUCCUGCCCGGCGAGGUGUUUGUUCUGAGGAACAGCCCACCAUGUUUCUGAGUAAAAACAACUCCUCACCUCACUCUUACUUUCACAUUCGGUAAAACGUCUGUGCUCCUCACUUCGUCUCCCGUCACUGUACCGAGCAGACCGAGCCGCCGUCUCCACACUCAGCCGAAACCUACAAGGAGCUUGCAUUUGAGUUGGCUAAGAGAAAUGCCAUUUCCGUUCCUGAAACUUGGGCGGAGCAAGAAUGAGCAGAUGGCUCAUAGAAAUAACAGCUCUCAAAUGGGCCAAUGCCUCAACCACAUGGAUUUUGCUGGCGAGGGUGGAGAGGGCUCCAGCAAAAGGCCACCACAGGAGCAGUCCACAAAACGCAGGCACAGUCAGUCCUCUAGUGCGGAAAACACAAGCUCGGAGUCCCACUGCGGCUUUGGGGAAAACCAGGAAGACACAUAUCCCAUCGGACGACUAAAGAAAGAGCCUGAUUGCCACAUGCAGCUGGAGAUCUUGUCCUCCAGAUCAAAUCACACUGUGCUCAUAGAUACGAAUGAGUUUUUUGCCAGAGAACUCAUUCCAUAUAAGGGGCAACAUGUUUGGGACAGCAACCAUGUGAAAUUGCCUCCAGGUCACCCAAAGAGUAACUCUGAGGCUCGCUGGAAAGCCAUACAGAGAGCGCUACACGAUCUCGGAACGGGCGGAGCUUCAUUGGGAGACGUAGAGAUGGCCAUUAAGUCGUACAAUCCCUCUCACCAAAUGGAAUGGCCUUUCGAUUCCCUUCACAACUACGUUAAGAGUGUAAACACGAAGGAGAACAAUUUUUCACACGUGAUCUCCAAAAUGGCCAGGCUGGCAUUGCAGCUACCGGAUCUCAUCAAACAUCCCAUUCCUCUGCUGAAGCAGCACCGCAGCCAUGCCAUAACACUGUCCCAGGUACAGAUCUCCUGCUUGUUGGCCAACGCCUUCUUCUGCACCUUCCCCCAUCGCAACACCACUAAGCCUGGCAGUGAAUAUUCCAGUUACCCCACUAUCAACUUCAGCAGCCUGUUUGGUCAGACAUGCAUGCGGAAGACACAGAAGCUGAGAUGCCUUUUCCAUUACUUCAACACUGUAACUGAAGAAGACACAAAACCUGAUGGACUAGUCACUUUUGAAAGAAUCUGCAUCCCACCAAAUGAGCUCCCCAACUGGAAAAGGCAAAAAGAGACUAUGUCCAACCUUCAUGUCACUUCCAAAGGCACCAUUGAGAAAGAAGGUAGUGGUAUGCUGCAGGUGGAUUUCGCCAGCAAGUUUAUAGGUGGAGGGGUGCUGGGAAGAGGAUUGGUCCAAGAAGAGAUCCGCUUUCUUCUGAGCCCAGAGCUGAUCGUGGCCAGGCUGUUCACUGAGAAACUGGCUGACAAUGAGUGCCUGAAGAUCACAGGAGUUCAGACAUACAGUGUUUGUUCUGGCUACAGCGAUUCCUUUAAAUGGCUUGGUCCAUAUAAAGAUGACACCGAGAGAGAUGAGUGGAAAAGGCGGUAUUGUCAGAUUGUUGCCAUCGAUGCUUUGAGCUUCAAGGACCCCAGGGAGCAGUACACUGAGGAAAACUUAAAGCGAGAGCUCAACAAGGCCUAUGUCGGCUUCAGGGGGGAUCCUCAUAUUCCUUCUGACUACACUCCCGCCAUUGCAACUGGCAACUGGGGAUGUGGUGCUUUUAACGGUGAUCCAAGGCUUAAAGCUCUCAUUCAGAUGAUGGCUGCAGCUGUGGCUAAACGAGAUUUGGCGUUCUUCACCUUUGGGAAGAAGGAACAGGCACAGGAUCUGCAGAGAAUGCACCACUUGCUGAAGGCUCGCAAAGUCACUGUGGGUGAUUUAUACAUGCAGCUGAAGAGGUACUGUGAUGAAUACAGUCGUUACCAGCAUAAGAAGAAUGUCUUUGAGUUUGUCAAAGAAACGGUCGGUUCUCCUUCUAGUCAACUGUGAAGCAGACGCAAACACAGUACUUGAGAGGAACGCUGAGAGGAAUAGUCUGACUCACAUAACGAAGAAACUUUAAUGAAGAAAUGGAAUGAACAUUUGGGUUCAGGGUUUACAUUUGUCUGCAAUAGAAUCUUAACUGAAAUUACCGCAUGUGGUGUUGCACUUUAUAUAAUGAUUUUAUUAGGGUGCUUAUUUCAUUUCCUGUGACAUUAUCAUAAUGCAUUUUUGUAAAUAAUAAAUAAAUCCUUUCCUUGCCAAAACUGUGGGCAUGGUGUUUA